AUGUUCGGGGCCAUGGGAUAUCUCGUCGAGGUCUUGACUGGAUCAUGGCUGGGCGAUUUCUUCCAAGAGUACCUGUGGGAGCCCAUGGGCAUGAACGAGACGUUCUUCUCUUUGGAAGAUGCCGAACAGAGCGGCUUGGUUCUUGCCAAGGAGUACUACUACAAUCCAGAUGACGGGAGUUACCUGGAAGUACCGCACGAACCUUCCUCUGGCGAAGAAGGCGCAGGUUCCAUCGUGUCAAACGUCCUCGACUACGCCAAGUACCUGCGCGUCAUGAUGACCGAGUCCGCGCCAAUCUCAAAGGCGGGGCAUCGUGAGGUGAAGACGCCACGCACUUUCGUGGCUCCUGCGAUGGCACCGUUUAUUGGUCCUAUAAGCUACGCUUUGGGGUGGAAUACUGCCAUCUUGGGAGGCGAGCAGGUGUAUUUUCACAGUGGCGGAGUCAACAUGUUUAUCUCGAUGAUGAUGAUGAUACCUUCGCAGCAGAUCGGCGUGGUGGUCUUCACCAAUACGGAUGUCAAGGCUCCGCACGUGAUUGCGACCCAUAUUCUCUCGGAACACUUGGGGAUUCCCGAAAAUAAGAGACCGGAUAUGAACAAACAGUACAAAGACGAGAAGAAAGCCCAGCUGGAGUAUCUCCAGACAUGCGCAAGCGAGCUGUACCCUUCGCUUCCGAACCCGCCUUUGUUGCCAACAUUGCCCAUCCCGGAUCACAUCGGGGAGUUCCACGACGCUGGAUAUGGCACUCUUGAGGUAGACUUGGAUUGUUCGGAUUCCGUUGAGAAAUGCCAGCUUCGCGUCCUCGGAAUGGGAGGAGAGGCGUUUGCGUACCUGGAGCCGGCGAUAUACCUCGAGCCAAUGUCCGGCAAUCACUGGCUUGGUCGAGGCUACAUGGGAGGAAAGAAAGCACAAACAGUUGGCAUCCCGAUCCUAUGCGUACCCGUUGAGUUCAAAGUCGAUAUUCUUGGGAAGGUCUCGCAAAUUGGUGUCGGGCUGAGAUUGGAGGGGGGCGAUGAGCCACUCGUCUGGUUUGACCGCGUCGUUGUCCCGUUAGGGGAAUGA